AUGCCUCUAGGAAUAAGAACACUUGGGCUAAGAGGCUGUCCGGACACGGAUAGGGUUUUGGAAAGUAUUGGUCAUGGAAUAGUACUUGAAAAUUCUGAAGCUUCCGUCCUCCUGAGAAACGUCUCCCCAAUUUCCGUCUACGUCAAAUCUCCCCAAAUGGAUACAACUCCCGUCCGAAUUCCCCCUGCUCAUGAAGUCGAAUUAUUUUACUACGAAGAAUUUUCUCAAGCAAUUGCCGAGCGAGAGUCGCUCAGCGAUCUUUGGGAACUGAGAGAGCACUGUACAAUUUUUAUCUCCUUUGGACUGUGCUGGGGAACGAGUACAGUUCAGAUUCAAAAGGUGGAUGGACUGCCCUGUUGGUUAAAAUUGGAUUUACAACACUGCUGGCGAGAAUUAAACGUAGCACUGGAACAUGCACCACCAAUUAAAUCUGAAAGCUCUGAUUUAAAUCAAAACUGA